UCCGUUAUAAAUCCUAUUCGAAGAGGAAAUACAGGUAUGGCAGGGACAAGUAGCAGCUCCGGAAACCCAAUCGAUCCUCUCGAUCACCUCCCUCUCUCUCUGCUCGGAUCGGAGGUCGUCCCGCCGGCUCCUAACCUAUCUUAUCCCGACGCCAUCGACUGGCUACCGGACUUUGCAGGUUACUCAUGGGUUGCGUACGGAGCAUCUUCUCUUCUGGUGAUCUCCCACUUCCCCUCACCUUCCUCCUCCAACGAAACCCUAGUUGGCCCUAUUCUUCGUCAGGUGCUCGAGCUUUCCAGCGAGAAUUCCUCGCUUGUAACUGGUGUGUCGUGGUCCCCUGCCACUCCGUCUACUGGAGAACUCGCUGCUGCAUCGCGGAAUUGUAUAUUCAUUUUCUCCCAUGAUUCGGCUAGCUCUGGCGGUAAAGGUUCUUUUUGUUGGAGCCAGAAUGCAGUACUUGUACAAUCAACAAGUGUCCAGGCAAUCAAGUGGACGGGCUCUGGGGAUGGCGUAAUUGCUGGUGGAAUUGAGGUGGUUUUGUGGAAGAGGAGGAACAAAUCAUGGGAAAUAGCAUGGAAGUUCAAGAGAGAUCAGCCUCAAAAUCUAGUUUCUGCAACCUGGUCUAUUGAGGGACCUUGUGCAACUGCAGGUUGUCCAAGUAUUUCACAUGAAGGACAUUGUGGUUCUAACUCAAACGAAAGCGUUUUAGUAUGUUACAGUGAUGGAAAACCUGAAUAUGCAACAGCUGAGUUACAUCAUCCUCAGCCAGUGUCUAUGAUUCAAUGGAGGCCAUCUAUGAGAAUUCACUCAGAGAAGGAUGUGAAAAAUUUUGCGAGGCAUGUGCUGUUAACAUGUUGUUUAGAUGGAAGUGUAAGGCUAUGGACUGAGAUGGAUAGUGGAAAGGCUAGAGAACCCAGCAGGGACUAUGCUGAUCACGAAAUUGUGCAGCGAUCUUUCUGUGUUGCUGCUACAAUUGAGAUAAACCACGCUUUGAAUUGCACUCUGGGCACAGAUGUAUUUUUGAAUUGGGCAACGGAAAUUGGGGGUAUAUUUAAAAAUACUGAUGGAGCUAAUAAGGUCUUCCCUGCAAGUGGCUAUGAGCAUGAUAAAAUGGACAGAUGUGAAUGGUUAAUUGGGUUUGGUCCCAAAAUGUUGGUUACCUUUUGGGCCAUCCACUAUCUUGAUGACCUCUCCCCUGUGAGAUUUCCCCAAGUAACAUUAUGGAAGAGGCUCGAUCUACAGGACCUUAACAUGGGACAUAUUCAUAGAACUGAGUUUUCUGAUUUCAAACGCAAACUGCUCCUCAGUAAAGUUGUUAUCUCAAGGAAUUACUUGUCUGGCCCGCCUAAUAUGUGCUCGUUGAUUCAUUUAUUGCCUUGUAAUUCCUUAUACUGGUCUCAAUUAUAUACUCAACCGUCGAAUGACACCAGGGACACAUCUGUUUCUGAUUCUGGGACUAGCAACUUCUCAUUAUGUUCUCAAGGAGGACUUUUAAAUAUAGGAGGUCAUACUGGAAAAAUUCUGCAAGUCUCUUUGCAUCCUAAUAUCUGCGAGGUUGAACUGGCUGUUUCUUUGGAUUCCAGUGGGUUGGUUCUGUUUUGGUCACUAUCUACCAUUCCAAACUGUACUAUGGGCCAAAUAACAUUGGUUCCAAGAUGGAAACUUUGUGGAAACCUUUCAACUCAGGAUUCAUGUUUACCAUAUACAAGCUUAAGGUGGGCACCAUCAAUAUCGGGUGAAGAUCGGGUUCUUCUUAUGGGACACAUCGGAGGAAUUGAUUGUUUUGUGGUUAAAAUCUCUCGAAGUGAAGAAGAUGUAUUAUGUCAUUAUAUCUGCACGAUACCUUUUACUGGUCAUGGUCCUUAUGAGGAUGGUCCCACCAAUAUCUUCACAAUACCUCUGCCAUCUACUUGCAAUAAAACAUUCAGAUUUAACAAAUUUAUGCUAUUAAGUGUAUGGGAGAAGGGGUUUAAUGCUCUGUCAUGGGAACUCAUGUUGCAUUCUUAUGAUACAGUGACUAAUUGCAGUGAAUGUAGUAAUUUCAGCAAAAACAUUUCUGGUGAAUGCCGCAUAUCUGAAUUUGAAAGUACUUUUGGCGGUAAAAGAUAUUGUCUUGGUAUUCUUUGUUGCUCUUCACAAUUGCCAGAACCUCACAUUCAAGACCAUAUUACAAGUUUUGCAGUACUCAGUCCUGGCAAUUUGACAUGUAUAAAAACAAACACAGAUUUUAUGAAAGAUCUGAUCAGCAAUGAACCGGCCUAUGUUAUGGCUACAGGUUGCUUUGAUGGUAGUUUAAAACUGUGGAGAAGCAAUUCAACUGGGUCUUCAACUCUUCACGUGCCGUGGGAGCUUGUGGGAAAGUUUGUUGCCCACCAAGGUCCUGUUAGUGCUAUAUGCUUGACUGAUUGUGGUCGAAAGAUUGCAACCAUCUGCACAGAGGGUAGUCCAGAUCGUGUUAGCAGCCUUCGGAUAUGGGACUCUGUGCACCUUACGUUGGCUGGAAGUUUUAGGUUAGAAGAUACAUUACCAGUCAGCAAAGGUGUUGUUGCUUUAAAUUGGUUGUCUUUAGGAAAUGGUCAAUUAUUUCUUGGCGUUAGCUCACAGAAAAAGUUGCUAGUAUAUGCUCAAAGGCGUUCUGGUUGUCAGAUUUUGUUGAACCCUGGAAACUCUUUGAAAAGUGAUACUUGGUUGUGUGUUGCAGUAGCCCAUACUGAAUUUACUAUUUGUGAUUUCCUUUGGGGUCCCAGAGCCACAGCUAUUGUGGUUCAUGAAAAUUUCUUUAGUAUAUUUAGUGAAUGGAUGUUUCUUAUAGACAAUAAAAAUCAUGCAACAUGCUAUGCAAAAUCAAUCGCGGACAAACCCUUAGAUUAUUACGAUGGAACUGGUAUGGAAAAUCUUUCUGCUGUAUUCACUCACUGCAAGAUUGACGCUUUUGGAAAAUUGUCAGUCGAAGACAGCUAUGCAGACUGCAAGUCCAGGCCUCUUGAAAGCAAUACCGAUCACUUGUCGUGCAGUCUGUUGAUAGCACAACAUGAACUUAAACUUGGUGCGAGAACCAUGCUUGGUUUAUGGAGCAUGCUAGAGGUAGAACAGAAGCUAAGGGGCUCACUGCCUAUAUAUCAUCCUGGUGCACUUUUUAUGAAUAUAUUUUCAGGGAACUGGAAACGUGCGUACGUAUCUGUGAGGCAUCUUGUUGAAUAUCUUGUGUCAAAUUGUUCUUCUGAGAGUAAUUGUGACUCUGCAGAGUCUAGUUGUAUUGUUCCACAUAUCCUUCUAUCAAGUUAUUACGAAGGGAUUUUCUCGAAAACUUCAACUGACGAUGAGAGAUUUCGGUGGAGCAGAGGUUCUAAUUCAACCACAUCUUCUUUGGAAUUUGAUCGAGGCUUCACCCAGUUUGCUUCCAGUUCCGAGUUUUAUGGAUCCAGGGGGAUGCUUAGUUCACAUCCAACGAAAUCUGAACUCAGUGGUUUUGUUGAACCUAUUGAGAAGUUAUACAAGGCAGUAGCUUUGAAAAAUGAAGAGAAGAUGCAGCUUCUUGCAAUAAUAGAUCUUCUUGGUGAAAUAAGUAAUCCACACUCUGCCUCUGCCUAUGAGAAUCUCGAUGAGGCUGGGCGCAGGUUUUGGGUCGCAUUAAGAUUUCAGCAACUGUAUUCUUUCAGAAGUUUUGAAAAAGUGGUGUCUACCGAGGAGUUGGUAGUUGACUCUGCACUGAUUGGGUGGGCCUUUCACUCUGACUGCCAGGAAACAUUGUUUGAUGCAUUUCUUCCAAGUGAGCCAUCCUGGCAACAAAUGCGGGCACUGGGAGUUGGAUAUUGGUUUACCAACGUAACACAAUUGCGCACAAGGAUGGAGAAGCUAGCAAGGCUGCAGUAUCUGAAAAGAAAAGACCCCAAGGAAUGUGCACUUCUUUAUAUUGCGUUAAACAGACUUCAAGUUUUGACUGGUCUUUUUAAAAUCAGCAGGGAUGAGAAAGAUAAACCCUUGGUGGGGUUUCUUACUCGCAAUUUUCAGGAUGAUAAAAAUAAGGCAGCUGCUUUAAAAAAUGCUUAUGUUUUAAUGGGAAGACAUCAGUUUCAGCUGGCUAUUGCUUUCUUUCUGCUUGCUGGUGAUACUUCUUCCGCAAUUAGUGUUUGUGCCAAGAAUCUUAAGGAUGAACAGCUUGCAGUGGUAAUUUGUAGACUUAUUGAGGGCCCUGGUGGACCAUCCGAGCAUCACUUCUUAACAAAGUUCAUGAUUCCAUCUGCAAUUGAGAGAGGCGAUAAUUGGCUUGUCAGCCUGCUAGAGUGGGUAUUAGGGAAUUACUUUAAGUCUUUUCUAAGCAUGCUUGGUCUUCAAGAGAGCAUAAUCGACUUGAGUGCAAUUUCAGCCAAUCAUGUUGCUUUUAUGGAUCCCAGUAUUGGUCUGUAUUGCCUUACACUAGUGACCAAAAAUUGCAUGAGGAAUGCAAUUGGGGAGAGAAAUGCUGUAAUUUUUGGUCGUUGGGCAAACUUGAUGAUAGCUUCUGCCUUGAAUCGAUGUGGUCUUCCUCUUGAAGCUUUGGAAAGCCUUUCAACUUCUUCGAGCACUCUUGGGAAUACAGAUCAAGGGAGUGUAUCUGAUGCUGAAGCUCAUCAAACUCUACCUGAAACUCCAAAUAUUUCUGCCAGUAAUUCCUUUAACUGGCUAUCUUGUGAUGUGGCUUUGCAUCUGGAAUCCCAUGCUAAGUUAGAUUUGGCUGUUCAGUAUCUCUCAGAGCUGAUGAGAGAGCAUCCUUCUUUUCCUGACCCUGAUGUAGGACCUGCCGGAGCUAAAUCAUACUCCCUUGACUAUGAUAUUUAUCAACUUGUAACUGAAAAUUUUCGACACAAGCUAUUCACAGCCGUUGCAGAGAUUGAGCGGAAGUUUUCUUUGGCUUCUUCAAGUUUGCUCAGAAUGAUUUUAGUGUGGUUGUGCCAUAAAGGAUUAUCUGUUAUUGGUUACGAUUUGUUGGUUGAAUAUAUUUCUGAAGACCCCUCACAAGCAAAGAGUCAUCGAGUUAGUUUCUUAUACCCUCUUCUGCGGAAGCCACUUUUGAAGGCAACUGAAGAUAUCUCCUUGUUAUUUUCACGUUUUAUAGUUGCUUGUGGUGUAAGUUCCCUUCAGUUAAAACCUUGUUAUACUGAGAAUGAUGUGCCAUGUGGAGUAAGGAAUCCGUGCAUAGAUUCCUCAGGACUGUGUGUACGAGGUGUCAGACUGUCCCUACAGAGUUUAAGAGCUGCUUUGAUGAUUUUCUCUGGCUACAUGACUGAAGAUGUCAUAACGAAACCCCUCGUUAUUCUUGAUUUAUUUGAAUAUUAUUUGGAGUUUGCAUCUGCUUGGCUUCAUAGGAAUCCAAAAAGUCUCUUUCUAGUUGUAGAACCUAUCUUGAUCACGUUUACCAAUGGCCAUACUCCUUAUGAAGUUGAUAUGGUGAAUCUGAGACAGCUCUUGCUUCAAAUUCCAGAGUUAGGUCGGGAUUUAUCAAUUGAUGAUGUAAGAAAGGGCCUCCCGGUUCUUGAAUCCAUUCCAGAUAAGAAAUGUGGAGAUGUGGUACAUUCAAUUUCAGAAGAUGAAAAAUGGCAUGUCAUAGGGGUAUGUCUAUGGCAACAUAUGUAUAAUUUUCUGAAUCACCAGCUGCAAUUGAUGUCAAUUAAAUUUGAAGACGGUUUCUUUGCUAGCGCAACCCAUGGAAAAUGUUCUCCCUGGGCUUCUGGUCCUUCGAGUUUUGAAUCUGAUUGUGCGAGCAUAGAAGAAGAGACCAAGUUCUGCUGUUUAAUAUUGGCUAAGUUACUGAAGACCUCUCUUGAACUUAUUUCUUAUUAUCAUGUGAAACGGCUUGCGUUAAUCCUGCAUCAGAAAGUUGAGAAUGGAUUGAACAUAUCGAUUCUGCAAUGGUUAGGGGGUUCCAACACGAAGCUAUGCCAUCAGCCUAUAAAUCAGGGUACUCCAACUGUGGACGUAAGGAUCAACAAUGAUGACUUACAGGUUUUUGACAUCUUAUGGGAUAAAUGUGCCGAUCCUAACUUGAUAUCUAAAGGUUUUGAGCAAGAAAAAAUUAAUACAUCCCAUUUUUUCAGCCAUAAGUCCAUUAGAAGUUGGAUUGACAUAUAUAAAAGCAUCACGGAACAGCAUGGAGUGGAGAAAAUUUAUGAUCACCAACUUAAUCAUAGCAGCAGUCCUGCUAGCGGUGAAGUUGAAUCAUCUGUCAAGGGUCUAUUUCGAAAUGCCCUUAGUUUCCUAAAUUUCUGGCAGAAAGAUACAACCCCCUCCAAUGGUUUGUGUUAUUUCCAAAACCCAAAAGAAAUAUGCAAAAGAAAUGGGGAGCUUUUGGAGGCAAUAUGUGUCAAUUCUAUUGAUCAACGACAAGCUGCGGUUGCUAGCAACAGAAAGGGCAUAAUUUUUUUUAAUUGGGAUGAUGGGAUGCCUUUCAGAGAUCAAUCAGACUAUAUCUGGUCAGAUACUGAUUGGCCACUUAAUGGGUGGCCUGGUACUGAAUCAACCCCAGUUCCCACAUUCGCUUCUCCUGGUAUUGAUCUUGGCAACAAGAAAGGGGCACAUCUUGGUUUGGGAGGGGCAACAACUGGCGGGGGUACUUUAGCCAGUGUGGGAAGAAACUUGACCAGCAGUGGAGCAGUUGAAAUUCCAGGUUAUGUUGGUGUCUCUGCCUCUGGCUUAGGCUGGCAGAUUCAAGAAGAUUUCAAGGAGUUCCUUGAUCGUCCAGCGACUGUGGAAAACAUUAGUACAAGAGCUUUCUCCAGUCAUCCCUUAAGGCCUUUCUUCUUGGUUGGGUCUAUCAAUACACACGUUUAUUUAUGGGAGUUUGGUAAGGACAAAGCUACAGCAACUUAUGGUGUGCUGCCAGCUGCAAAUGUUCCUCCACCAUAUGCUCUAGCAUCAAUAUCAGCUUUGCAGUUUGAUCUCUGUGGACACAGAUUUGCUACUGCUGCGAUAGAUGGAACAGUAUCCACAUGGCAUCUGGAAGUGGGAGGAAGGAGCAACAUCCGCCCAACAGCGUCAUCUCUCUGCUUUAACAGCCAUGCAUUGGAUGUUACUCAUGUUACUUCCAGUGGAUCGGUUAUUGCUGCCACUGGAUAUAGCUCCACUGGUGCCAAUGUGGCUAUAUGGGAUACAUUGGCUCCACCUACGACCUCUUGUGCUUCAAUAAUUUGUCAUGAAGGUGGUGCCAGGUCCAUUUCUGCGUUUGAUAACGACAUAGGAAGUGGUUCUGUUUCUCAACUUAUUGUGACUGGUGGUAAAGGCGGCGAUGUUGGCCUUCACGACUUGCGAUACAUAGUAACUGGCAAGUCUAGGCAUUUUGAUAAUGGUGGACCAAGUCAAAAUGGGAUGCUUUGGUACAUACCAAAAGCUCACUUAGGGAGUGUCACCAAAGUAGCUACCAUCCCAAAUACCAGCUUGUUCUUGACGGGAAGCGAAGAUCGGGAUGUUAAACUCUGGGAUGCAAAAGCAGCAAGGUUAGUUUAUCAUUGGCCAAAGAUGCACGAAAGGCACACCUUCUUGAAACCAAGCUCUCAUGGCUUUGGUGGAGUUGUUCGUGCUGCUGUUACGGACAUACAAGUUGUUUCAAAUGGUUUUCUUACAUGCGGUGGAGAUGGUUCUGUAAGACUAGUUCAGCUCGAAAAUUUAAAUGGGACAUGAAGGAGUUUAAUGUGAGUUCCCGAAUCACAUUUGGAUCCCAUGGCUGGCUGCAUAGAAUUUUGACUUCCAUUGGUGCCAUUUCCUACAUUGUCCCUUCAUGAAGUUCUUCCGUGAUUCAAAGGUUUUGAAUAUUACAAACCUUUGAUUCUUUUUUUCCCCUAUACGUGCACACAAAGACACCAAACUUCCCCAUUUUUCCUUUGGCUCACUAGAAGAGGGAGGAGGGGCCAAAGUUGUGGUCCGCCGGUGAAGUUGAGUAAUCAGUGGUCGCAUGUUCAAAUAGAGAGGAAACAAAAAAAAAGUCUCUUUGCAAUACGGUUAAGAACUUGUAAGAUUGUAUCGAUCUUGCCCUUUUUUUUGGGUUUCCUCUUCAUUACGAGGGCCUUAUGCACGAGAGUCUUGGUUUUUUUUGUUUGAAAAGCCUUAGACGAGUAAGGAUAAUGUAUUCCCUUAAGUGGUUGUGUGGUCAGUUGGAUUCCAGUGUCAAAAGAGUAUAUACCAUUGUAGUAGAAUUACAAGAUGAGGUGAAUUGAUUCAAGUCUGUAUAUUAUCUAUAUAUUCAAAAUUGUAUUAAUAGAUAUUCCUGUUCAGUCCAUUAUUAUAUAUUUCGAAUUCUGGAUAUUGUAAUCUACUUGGAAGCUUGUAUUUCUGUUCAAAUAAGAAACUCAGUGGGGACUGAUGCAUGUAAGCA